AUGGCCAACACCGAACAAAAUCACUCAAAGGGCCUUGAGUCCGAGUCACCCAUGUCUACGGCAGCGGCGUCACUUCGCGCGCGAGAACUCGAAGAGGAGAAUACGAGUACACAGGCCAACUUGAAAAGAACGAUUGAAGAACUCAACCAGAAGUUCGAUAACACUAUUUGUACCGUACCCAGCGAGGACACAUCGAAGUGGGAUAACGACGCUAGGAUUCGCUUUAUAACAAGAGAGGUUCUGAACUUAAACCUAUCUCACGAUGAGCAUAAGCAGCAGAUCUACCCGGAUGAACUUCAAGUUGAAGCGACCUUUAGGAAAGUGGAGAAAUCGAUCGCCGAGUUACAUUCCGAGUCCGAAGUCUAUCGACCGAAUUUCUACACUCUUAUGCUAGCGACUCAGAAACCUGUGUCGAUCCCGGGGCUGGAGUCACAAACUGCGCAGGAAGAUGAGAAAAAGCAGAUUCGAAGGAUGCUCGCCAUACAGUUCCGCAAGAUCUCCGGCUUCUCCUUCCAUGCGAUAUCAACUCUAAUAGACUAA